AUGUAUCCUUACAACAUCCCUGUGAGAGAAGGAAGUGGUAUUAUCCCCACUUUACAGAUGAGGAACAGAAAGACAUGGUAUAUCUGCACUGCACAUUCAGCCCAGCAAACCCAACCGGCAAAAGCAGCUGGUAUAAGGAAGAAGUCAUCUGGCUACAUAUCUACAGAAGGCAGAACGCUGAGCCAUACAUUAUGCAGACCUUCUGAACCAAGGUUUGCUAAUGUCAAUCAGCAAAAGAUGAGUCAUCUGGAAAAAGGCUAUAACCAUUUUUCUUCUAGGAAUCCCAUAGAAUCUCUCCAGCAUUGGCAACCACAUUAUCACAGUGACUUCAAUUGCCCAAUAUGUCUCCAAACAGCAACUUGCCCAGUAGAAACCAACUGUGGACAUAUCUUUUGUGGUUCCUGCCUAAUAACAUACUGGAAACAUGGCUCCUGGCUAGGAGCAAUCAGCUGCCCCCUCUGCAGACAAAAAGUGAUUCUUUUGGAUAAUGUCUUCUGUGAAAAUCAACAAGAUAAGCCAAGCAAACAGAUUGUACACGAGAUUAGAGAUUACAACAAGCGCUUCUCUGGACAACCUCGACAGUUUGCAGAUUACCUUUAUGACAUGCCACUGUUUCUACAUCUCACCUUAAGAGGAAUCUUCACCCAAGGUGGUCUCAUAUGGAUUUUCUUCCUAAGAGUCAUUGUUUGCUCCCUGGGAACCAUCACGUGCUUAUCUUCUCCAUUUGACAUAAUGCCUGAACCCCCUCGUGGAGUCCUUGGAGCAGCUGACGACUUAGUGGUUGUUUUCCUCUUUUUGAAUUGCAUGAUAAACAUUUGCCGGGAAAUUGAAUCAGAGGGUAUAAGUAUGACAAGUUCUGCGACGCAGAGUAUGCUAUCAGAAUCUUGAUCCACUCAAAGCCUCAUUUUUCAGGGAGUUUCCAUCAAACAGUUACAGGCUUCUCAAAGACUCGGCGAUAGUGUAUGAUGAAUUUGUUUUUGAAGAACAAUCUAAUGCUGCAUAUGGCAAAGUAAGACUCAGAGACAUUUGUCACAACCAAGUCAUUUGUUUCCAUAUGUCCUGCAAGGCUGGUUUUCUAUAUAGCUAUGUAUAUACUGGGCCGCUUCAGAAUAAAUCGGCCUUUUUUACAUAACUUAUUUUAGCAUAUAGGGUAUCUGAAGUGACAAUGCCUGAGAGCUAUACGCAAGACCUAAAAUUAAAAAGCAGGCACUUUAUAUCUAAACAGUGGGUUUUUUUAUUCAACCUAUUUCUAUUUAACUAGCCUGAGUUUUGCCUUGGGUGUAGUAUAGAGACUGCCUUUUGGCCCUGCUCAACCAUCUUUGCCUGGAGACUGACAGGGGAACCCUACCCUGUUCAUCCUAUUUGAGCUCUUACUGGUGUUUGAUACAGUUGGCUAUGAGGUGCUGAUAAUGCAUUUAUACAUCCUGGUGGGGAUUUGCAGGACCAUUCUUACUUGGCUCCACAGGGAGAUCCCAGAUGGUGAUGAUGAGCAAAUGCUCAUUGUCUCCCAAUAGCUUUCCAGGUGUGAGUUAAGGUGCUGGUUUUGACCUGAAAAUCCCUUGAUGGACUGGGCCCUAUAAACAUAAGGGAUUUCCUCUUUCUUUGUGUUCUGCCAUGGCCCCUGAUGUCACCUGAGAGCAACCUCUUACAAGUGCAGUCUAUGCACCAAGUUCAUUUAAUGAAAAUACAUGGGAGGUUGCUCUAGGUCAGGGGUUGUCAACCGGGGGUACGCGUACCCCCAGGAGUACUUGGGAAGGCCCUAGGGGGUACGCGCAGGCAGGCAGGGAUGCAGCUCCACCACCCACCACCUUGUGCUGCUGCCUCCCAGGAGCAGGGCUGGGGGUGGUGGGGGUGAAGGCAGCAGUGCACCUGUGCCGGCCGCACAGGCAUCGCCCAGCCAGCCAGAUGCGGGGAGUGGGGGGAAGCUCACACGAGGUGAACGCCGCAACCAUCCAUCACCCCGCGCUGCUGCUGCUCUGCAUCCGGCCAUGCACCACCCUCCCCCUUGACUCCCCCUCCCGCUGCUCUGCAUCCAGCUGCCAGGGAUGCACCUAUUAAAAAAGGUUGAAAACCCCUGCUGUAGGUUGUUGCUCCUCAGCUUUGGAGCCCCCUCCCACUUGUGGACCAUCAGAGCACGACCCUGGACAUCUUUCAAAAGCACUGUAGUACCUUCUUAUUUGGCCAGGCUUUUAGCAGGUGGGGUUAAGUGCUGUGCUAUGAUUUCAGGAGUUGUUUUAUUUAUUACUUAUAAUUUUACUUCAAUAUUUUAUUCUGUUUUGAUCAUUUAUCUUGUUUUUAUCCUUAGCCACCCUGUAACUUUUCUGGAGAGAAAGGCAUAUAAAUCAAAUAAAUAAACAAUAGUGACAUCUCAGUUCAACUGUAUUCGAUUUAAACCCUAACACAUUUUAUUACUGAAGAAUUUACUAAAUCAACUUCACACGCAACAUAGAAAAUAAAAUGUCAGCUAGAUGAUGUCUGUAAGAGGGUUCUUCAUAGGGACUUUUGGGCCAUCAAAACUGUCUAUACUCAGCUCAUCCAUUGGAUUACAAUCUUGCAAAUUUUUUAUUAUCAUGAUCUUGGUUUUAUAAAAGGACAUAAUGUUAUCUUGACUGAAGAACACCACUAUGAAACACAAGUUUUCCAAAGAGAGCAAAAUGCAAAGGGACUGAAAGAAGUAUACAAAGUAUCUAAAUAAAGCCUGAUCUGACUAUUGUGUACAUGCUCAUGCAAGGUACAAUUUUUAGCAGCUUCCUUGAACUCCGUGUAUCUGAGUUUUAACAAAAUUAACAUUGUUGUUCGCUUCCUGUAGACUUUGUAUGCUCCCUGUACUUUCCUUAUAAGUCCGGGCAUUUGUUCAACAGGCAAGAUCAAGGCCAAAUUUAUGAUGAUGAUAUAAAUAGCAGGAAGUGUAUGAAGGAUUUUUUUUUGCAAGUAGUUAAAAUUGUUGGUAUAGUGAAGAAAACUAUUAUUCGUUCCAUCUGGACCCAACCUGUACUAUAUGCUUUUUGUUAUGCAUUAGGAGUUUAUGGACUUCACCUCACAUGUAUAUACAUAUACAUCUGUGUAUAUAUAUAUAAAUAUAAAUAUUUAUU